AUGCUAAAAGACACAAACUCCUUUGAGGCAUUUUGUCAAACACCAAGAGUGCAUCAUUUACCACAAAAACACAAAAGAGAAAUUAAGAAACCGAAAUUAAACAUCUCUCUUAAAAUUUUCAUACUAUAUAACCAUGGCGGCUUCGGUGGUGGACGAAAACUUUCGGGAAACGGAGUUGUAGGAGCAACUAUCGGAGAAAGAGAUUCAUCUGCCAUUGUCGUGUUUGAGAUGUCCAGAAAAGUCACAACUACCUUGUCAUUUCUUGGUGGUGGAGGCUCCGGUGGUGGCCGCAAAAGAAGAAAAGGAAAAUUGACGAUUGGUAGUGGUGGAGAGAGGAAGAUUCCGGUGAGAAGCUUUGUUAUGGUGAGGAUUUGA